GGGAGUCCGCCCCGCUCCCCAGAACUUCCAGACAGCAGCCUGAUCCGCGCUGCCUCCCGGGGCUCCAGGCCCGGCCCUACAGCAGGCAGCCCGGCCCCGGGAGCCGGACCCCUUCCUCCGGGCCCGGGGGGCCCCCCACUUCCGGCCGAGGCCACCUGGGCUCAUCGCCCGGACGCGGCCUCCGGUGGUGAAAGCUGUGGGGGCCACAUUGGUCCUGGCCACGACGGCUGCGCGAGGACCUUCGAGCGUCGUCCCGGGCCGAUGUCCCAGGUGAGUGGCCAGCGCCCCCCUCGCAGCGAUGCGCCCCAUGGAGCCCCCAGCGCAGCCCCGGACCCAGCCCAGACCCAAUCCCUCCUGCCUGGGCUGGAGGUAGUGACAGGAUCCGUUCAACCUGCGGAGGCAGCGCUAGAGGAGGGCUCCCUGGAGGAGGCGGCACCCCCCAUGCCCCAAGGCAAUGGCCCUGGGGCUUCCCAGGCCCUGGGCAGCACUGACCUCGAUGUCCCCACAGAAGCUGUGACACGCCAGCCACAGGGGAACCCCUUGGGCUGCACCCCACUAGUGGCGAAUGGCUCUGGCCACCCCUCGGAGCUGGGCGGCGCCAGGAGGACGGGGAACGGUGCCCUGGGUGGCCCCAAGGCCCACCGGAAGUUGCAGACGCACCCAUCUCUCGCCAGCCAGGGCAGCAAGAAGAGCAAGGGCAGCACCAAGUCUGCUGCCUCCCAGAUCCCUCUCCAGGCGCAGGAAGACUGCUGCGUCCACUGCAUCCUGUCCUGCCUGUUCUGCGAGUUCCUGACGCUGUGCAACAUCGUCCUGGACUGCGCCACGUGCGGCUCCUGCAGCUCCGAGGACUCGUGCCUCUGCUGCUGCUGCUGCGGCUCCGGCGAGUGCGCCGACUGCGACCUGCCCUGCGACCUGGACUGCGGCAUCCUGGACGCCUGCUGCGAGUCGGCCGACUGCCUGGAGAUCUGCAUGGAGUGCUGCGGGCUCUGCUUCUCCUCCUGACCCGCGGCGUCCCCAGCGGUCCCACGAGGCUGGCCCGCCCCCUCCCCCGGGCCUCUCCCGCCCACCCCGCCCGCCCCACGCCUGUCCUCCUUGCUGGUUUCCCAGGACGACAGCACCUAAGACCUGGGGAGGGGGAGGGGGAGGGGGGACCCGCCCCUGGAUCAGCUGCCAGGGCUGCUGAACACUGUGAAAGUUGGGGGAGGGGGCAGGGACGUGGGGAGCCCGCGGCGCCAGGGCUGUGCGCUUUUCUACCUCUCACUGCCCCUGUGCCCGCCUCCCACGCGCGCCCCUCCCCCCGCCCCCCGCCCCGGCUUAGAGGACGACAAAAUGUGAAAAGAGACACCCCGCCCGACCUCAGCCAAGCCCCUCCCCAGUCUCCUCUCCUGGGGUCUGGUGGGGGUCUGACUCAUACAGUGACCCCAGAGGGCAGGGCUGGGCUUGGGCCCGGGACAGGGUGGUGGGAGGGGGGAACGAUACAGAAAAGACUGGAAGGGGAGAGGGAGGGAAUGGAGGGAGGGUCUGUUCUAUUUGUUGCUGUAAAUAAAGAUAUGUGUCCAUCUCAGAUUUCCUCAGGACUCAUGAGUAGCAGCCAUGGGCCACUGCUCUCAAAAGCAGACACUCCCACAAGCCCCUUACAAAGGGAUGAGGCUUCCUUCCCUGGUCUCUGGGGUCCCCUCCCUUGUUUCAUGUUCCUCCCUGAGGGAAGAAGGGAAGAGGGGCACCCACUCCCCACCUUUAUUUGCCUCUUCCUGCCAAAGGGACGGAGAUGCUCAGAAAGGGAAGGGUUAACCCUUGGCAUAGAAUUAAUUAACAACAGAUGUCUUGAGGUUUUGAUUAAUUAAUCUCCUGCUGACUCCAGCUUCUCCAAGCCAUGAUGGCUUCAAGGCAUAGGGGUGACGCCUAUGUCAGUGGCAGAACUGUGCCCGGGGAGGGGGCACCCGUAGGCCCCUGCACAGCCGGGGCAGCCCUGGGAGGCGAGUGUGGCCGGAGGGGGGUUCACGUGGCCCGGCCCCAGUUGUCCCCCACCAAAUUGCCAGGGGACCUGAGAUAGAAGAAAACUGUCAGGACUGGCGGGAGCCUCAGAGGCCGUGUGUCCAGUGCCUUUGGGUGCGGGGCCCAGACCUGAAAGCUGAGGCUGACAGUGGAGAGGGCUGUGUGGACCCAACCCCUCUCCACCCCAUCCUGGACCUGGAGGAAGCCAGGAGGGGUCCCAGGUGAGUGAGAGGACAUCUCAUGGUUGGACUUGGAUUGUCCUGAGGAAAAGACAUGGCUGAAGAAGGCCUUGAAAAGUGGAGACCUCAUGGGAAACUGGUGGGCGCUGCUUCCAGGAACAAAGGGUGGAGUGGCUCGGACGGAUUCUGGAGGGAGGAAGGGAGCUCAGGAAAAGGGCCAGAUGAAAUCUGAACUCUCCCAAGGAAUACCACACUAUGGAGCGGUCCAUGGCCUUGGGCGUGGGUUGCAGCGUCAGCAGGAGGAGGUGGCAAGAGGCAGGGAGGAGGAACCCCCCGCACCUCCCCGCAGCCCCCCACCCAUCCACACGCAUGGACGCAGGCCUCGUUUUUGCCAACACCAAGGGCUUCUGACCUGUGGGACCACAUAGGAAACCCACACAGAGAGGAAGUGACCUCCCCAGGGUCACAUUGUCAAGAUCAAAGCCAGGAGAGAAGCCCCAUCUUCUUGGCCCCCUCAACGUUCAUUUGUAUAUCUGUUCAUUUGUCUCAAGCUUUUUUCGUUUGUGUGUGUGUGUGUGUGUUUGCUUAGUUAUUGUAUGCUCAAAGCACAAAAGUUUCAAAAAUCUGUGCGUAUACAAGCA